UUUAAAAAUUUUAACUCCUGCGGCCGAAUUAAAGCAGACCUACGGACGAACAACAAGGGUUUUGAAAGGAGCCGCAUAGUUACGAAAGCAGAGCUACGGACGAAGCGCCUAAGGACAAAGACGAAGCACCUAUGGACGAAGCGCCUAAGGACGAAGCACCUACGGACGAAACAGAAGGAGCAGACCUAAGGACGAAAACGCUCCGCCAUAUCUACACCUCCGCCGUUUUCGCACCUCCGACGCUCCUUCUUCGCCAGAGAUGAUUUUUCUAACCGGUAAUUUUCUUACACACUAAAUAUGUAUUUGGUUCUUCUUUUUUAUAAUUAAUUCAUGUAUAUAUUUCUCUGGGAUUUGCUUAAUUUCGUAUGGGGGUUGAUUUGGGGGGCCAUUCCUUUGAUUGGCGGUUUCUAGUUUAUGUUGUUUCUUGUGUUUUGACAGAAAAAAAUGACCUGGUGUUUGAUUAGUUUGGUAAUAUUUUUCUGAUCUGCGGCCUUGACAGUCUGGUUGUUGGCUUUGAGACUUUUUUUUUGUUGAUUGAUUAUACAGCUCACUGGUUGUAACUUGUAACUUGUGCUACUAAUUCACAAGUCAAUGAGCAUAUUCUCCUCUAUUUACUCUUGAUCCUAUUAUUUGAGGUGACACUAUCAUUUUAAUGAGACAUAUAUGCUACAAUUAUUAUACCAUUAUUUGAAAAUUUAAUUACUUACUUUAACUAUAAAGUAUGCUUAGACAUUCCAUAUUGAAAUACAAAGUUGGUGUACUUUGUUAUUGAAAGGGAAAACUACAAUGAAGACAGAUUGAAUAGAGAAAAAAGACAAAUUAAAGGAAUACAGAUUAAAGAAUACUAGUAUGAUAUAGAAAAUUAAAUGAGACAGCCUGCAAAGUGCAAACUGCUUUUCGUCUCUCAUCGGCUGUUAUUCCAAGUCUAUCGGGCCUCUCUCAUUGUAGCGAGGCCCCAAUGCUUCUUCAUUAUAGUCUAUCGGUCUUCCAAGUCUAAGCAUCUCUUUUUUCUGGAUGGAUUUUGAGGGGGAAUGGGACGGUGGAGCGGUGGUGGCCUGUUCAGACCAAAAUACUGCUACAGAAACAGCUAAUGCCCUGUUUUCUGCACCAUCGUCUGAUGCUGUUUCAGAUGUUGACACAAAACAAAAAUGGUAUACAUCUCAUGGGUUUCUAGACCAGGAAAGACCUUUUGGAGCUAAUAUUACAGCUGAAGAUGACCUGAGACCCUCAAAAGUAGCUAAAGCAGCCACUACCAUUCCUAUGCUGAGAUGCCCUUUUGUGGGAUCUGAAAGCCAGCAAAUGCUUAGCUUCACUCCCCCUACUAUUAUCACCAGACUGCUUUUAGUGGAAUAAACUCAGGCUAUGGAAGUGGAGGGAUGAGUGGUGGAGGAAACUUGCAUAGAGUAUUAAGCGCGGUGAAAAGUCCAUUUACACCCUCACAAUGGAUGGAAUUAGAACACCAGGCUUUGAUCUACAAGUACAUCACUGCCAAUAUUCCCAUUCCUCCUCAUCUUCUCUUCCCCAUCAGAAAAGCAUUUGAAUCUGUUGCAUUCUCAACCUUUGGCCUCGGAUCUAAUUCGUGAUGAUGACAAUGACCAAGUGGAUGUUCCCAAUGAGCACAAGGAUCCAAUAUCCUGCUUGCUGGAAAUGGCAAAACACCUUCAUGGACAGCCUCUGGAAUUAGUUUUAAAAGGAGAUGUCAUUGGUGUUGCUGAUAUCUCCCUUUUUCUUAGUUCAGAGGAGAUAAUGGAGAUGUGUUCGGGUAAUCAAAUGCCCAGUACAAAGGGGGAGUCUGGAUAAUACAUUCAAUGUUCAAGAGUCAUUUAGUCCACAAGACAUUACCGAGACAAGAGAGCAUUGGGCGUCAUUUGUUUGCGACACCACAAGCAGUACGGGUUGCUAUUAACAAAUAUGGUUCUGUUUUGAUGUCUAGAAUGAAUAGUGUUGAUUUCAUGUGAAACUUUGUACUUUUGACUUGCAAGAACCUUUGAAACUUUUGUAGUUUUUGCCGGCAUGAACUUGUGAAACUUUACAGUUUUGGCUUGGAUUGAUUGGUGCUAGUACUAGGUGCAACACUGUAUUUUGCUACAAAUAUCAAUAUAUUUGCCAUAAUUCUCAUUUAAUGAUUUCAUUAUAUUGAUA